CAAUACAGAGGACAAACUCCCAAGAGAGGGGGUAUUCCAGAGACCUCAUCUGUACAUUUCAGGAUGUUUGAGGAAAUAUUCUCUGCUCAAAAGAUAUGUAUGAAGCCUUAUUUGUGACUUUUUCAGGAAUCAUCUUUGUGUCUGGGAGUCUCCAGCUGACUGCCAAGGAAAUUUGCUAUCAAUUACACAUGUCUAAAGCCCAACACUUUGUGGCCAGUGAGGCUAUGUUCCCACUCAUGCACUCUGCCAUGUUCGACUGCCCUACCUUGAAGACCAAGCUCCUAGUGUCAGAUAAGUGCUAUGAUGGGUGGUUGGAUUUCAAGGAGAUGAUUCAAGUUGUACCUCCAAAGCAGACCUUCAUGGGGACCAAAAGUCAACAUCCAAUGGCUAUAUUCUUCACCAACGGGACAAUGGGAGCUUCUAAACUGGCCGAGUAUUCCCAGUAUGAUUUGGGAAUGGAAUUCAGCCAGGCUUCUAGAAUGGUGGAUGGACUCCAACCAACAAGUAUUUUGUGUCUAAGUGAUGCCUUUGAUGGAUCUUUAUCUCUAAGUACUGCCUUGGGAGCUCAGCUCCAAGGAGCCCAUGUGUUUCUGUGUCACAUGCCAAUUUUCUGUCCUGAGACUGUUCUAAAUGCUCUGCUCAGGUCUUCCACCACCACUCUAUCUGCAAAUCCACUGAUGUACCAGGAACUGCUUCAGCACAAGUGUUUCACCAGCUACAGAUUUAAGAGUCUGAAGCUUUGUGUGGCUGUAGGAGGAGCCAUCAGCCCUGGGGUGACUGAGGACUGGAAACACAUCACUAAAUUGAACAUCUAUGAAGGCUAUGGCAAGACAGCAACUAAUCUGAAUUUUAAUCGUGGAGACAGGGGCUAUGCCUUAUCUUUUGAAACAGGGAUUGGAAAUCUCUGGGCCUGA